AUGUCAAGUUCGAAUGCAUCUUCCAAUCCUUCUGGUGCUAGUCUUGCAUCGGGAGCCUCUAACACAGCAAGCCCUACUACGGAAUCCACUACUUUAGCAACCUCUUCAUCGCCAACCUCGACAGGCUUUCCGACCUAUACUGGUCCUGCAAAUUCAACCGCGACUGGUCACCAUGGCUCUUCGGUUUCUGGAGGAGCUAUUGCUGGUAUCGCAAUAGCUACUUUCAUUGUUGGUGCACUUCUCGGUUCGAUUGGCCUUUGGUUUUACUUUAGGAGAAAACGAGCAUCGAAAACACCGUGGAACUCUGGAAAUGGAUACAGCAAAAGAAAUGCUACUACAGAUCAUGGUGUUGCAAUAUCCAAAGAUCCCGAAACACAAAUGCAAAGCUAUGUAAUUGCUGAACGAGCAGAUGAUAGUCAAUUGCGGCACCAAAUGCAAAAUCUUGGAGAAUUGAUCUACCAACAUGUCGAAAAUCACUAUACUACAGGACCACAUACUGGAACCUCUCAGGAUUUCGCGGCGACGUUGAGGAAAUGUGGAUAUUCGGAACGAACUGAGCCUACGAUCUCUACGCUUGGAUCACUACUUGGCAAUUCUAGUGAGCGACAGAUAGCAAUCAAAAGUCUUAUCGCCUGGGUCAUCUUGAGAGGGGUAGAGCUAAAUAGUGGUUCUGACUAUUCAUUGUUGCCUGAUGAGAUCACAAGCUUUUAUCGUUCAGCUUUGAAGGAUAAUAAGCAGUUGAACAAACAGGAUGCACACGGCAACGUACUAUCCCGAGUGCGAGAGAUAUCCACACGUCAUAUGUCUUCAUCAAAAUCUCCAGAAGACGCUUCCAAAGACCCAUCAAUAGCAAGAGUUAUCAACCUUCUCAACUCCAUACUCCAGCCUUUCAUAAAACCCAGUAGCAAAAGUUCACAAUUCGAGAAUCUCGCCUCAAUCAUCUAUCAAGGGAGGGAGUUCGGAUUGCUGCUGUUAGCACAACCAGGAAAUUGGCUGUUUGGUUGGCAAACAAGCGCAGGAGUGGAAUCGAACACCAAGGGCCAGAUUAUUGUAUUCCCUAGUUUAGAGGAGGUAAUUAAUAAAGACGGAAAAGAACGCCGGAGGGUUGUUUGUGAGCAGGAGAGGGAAACGAUUUAA